AUAUUAAUGAUUUCGCUUCCUUCAUUUAUCAAACAUUAAUUUGGAAUUCCUGAAAAACUCUUAAAGCACAGAACAAAAAUGAUAAUAGACACAGAUUCUGGUGGUGAUGAUAUUCAUGCUUUAAUAACAGCAUUUGAUUUAGCAGCUAAAAGAAAUAUUGAAAUAAUAGGUAUCACAUGCAUAAAGUAUAAUAAAAACAUAAAAUUUUAGUGGAAAUUCUUUUAUAGAUGAUGGAAUUAAAAAUAUUACCAUAGUAUAAAAGAUAGCAGGAGUUACAAUUCCAAUUUAUAAGGGAUGUGAUAGAAAUUUGAAAUAAUAGAUAACUUUAAGUUCUAAAUUUUUUGGUGAUGAUGGAAUGAGUGGCCAUUAAGAAAAAUAUUUAAAGGAGCUCAAUAUUACUUAAUAUCCCCUUUAGAAAGAACAUGCUGUUGAUUUUAUGAUAGAAAGUGCUCUAAAAUAUAAAGAUGAAUUAAUAAUAAUAAGUUUAGGAGCUCUUACUAAUAUAGCAUGUGCUAUGAUGAAGACAGCAGAUUUUGAAGAAAAUAUAGGAUUAAUAAUUGGUUUAUGUGGUAACAUUUUAGGAUUGGGUUUCAUGAAUAAUGGAGUAGCUGAAUAUAAUGUACAUACAGAUCCUGAAGCCGCUCAUCUUGUUUUUAAGGUAUUAGCUAAGAAAUUGAUAGUAAUACCAUAUGAAGGAGUCAUCUCAGUAUCUGAAUUUACAGUAUUUUAUUAAUUAUAAAUUAGAUAACUAAAGUAUUUGAAUAAGAUUCAACUGUCAAAGGCAAAUUUGUUAAAGAAAUUUAUGAAGGAAUGAAAAAUACCAAUAAUAGAUAUGAUAUCUAAGAUCCAUUAUGCAUUCUUGUUGCUACUUAACCAGAUAUCAUCACUGAAUUUGUUGAAAGACCUUGCAAUGUUAUCUUAGAAGGUGAAGGAAGAGGAAUGCUUACUGUUAAAUGGCUAGAAAAAGAUCCAUAAGCUAGUAUUAUACAUUCAUUAUUAUUAAAUUAGAUUUAGUGACUUUCAUCUUAAAAGUAAAUGAGAAUCAAUUAAUUUAAACUCUUAGCAAUGUUGUAAAUUGAUUCAAAAUAUAUAUUAAAAC